GGCGCGGCAAAUUCGUCUGUCAUGGCUGGUACAUUUUCUCUGGAACCCUGCUCUACCUCUAGUUCGUGUAACCACCAGGGCAAGCGGAGCGAGUCUUCGCUGCUGGAGAAGCGGCUGUCGGAAGAUUCCAGUCGCCAUUGGCGGCUGCAGAAGUGGGCGAGCAUGUCGAACGCAGACGCGUCGAGGACACUGCUGGAGAGGCGUGAGGAGAAGGCUGCCGCGGCGGAGAACCCACUGGUGUUCCUGUGUACGCGCUGUCGCCGGCCGCUGGGCGACUCGCUCACCUGGGUGGCUAGCCAGGAGGACACCAACUGCAUCCUGUUGCGCAGCGUCUCCUCUAACGUCUCUGUGGAUAAGGAACAGAAACUGUCCAAGUGCAGAGAUGAAGAUGGUUGCAUCCUGGAGACGUUGUACUGUUCAGGCUGCUCCCUCAGCCUUGGCUAUGUGUACAGAUGCACUCCCAAGAACCUGGAUUACAAGAGGGACUUGUUCUGCCUCAGCGUUGAAGCCGUUGAAAGUUAUACCUUAGGGUCCUCUGAACAGCAAAUCGUGUCAGAAGAGGAAUUUUUCAAUCUUGAAAGCAGAGUUGAAAUAGAGAAGUCUAUAAAGCAGAUGGAGGACGUCCUGACAGUCAUGCAGGCGAAGCUGUGGGAGGUGGAAUCAAAGCUGUCCAAGGCCGGCCGGUACAGCUGAGCUGGCUCCGUGCCCGCCAUGGCCACCCUGUUCCUAACUGCUGUUCCUCUGCCCUUACUGUAGGAGAAGAGGCAACUGGUGUCCGUAUGUGAACUUUAGAGCCAGUUCAGGAUACAUGCUGGAAUGGGAUUUGGAUGUUUUAAUUUUAAUAUAAAAAACUGGGGUGAUUUCCUGUCUUCUUUUUCUAUUAAAUAUGUGUAUGUGUGUGUAUGUAUGUGUGUGUGUAUGUAUGUAUGUGUGUAUUUUUCGAUCUUUUAAAUACUUUGUUACUUUAAAUACUUUGACUAUUUAAGAAUAGAGAGAAAAAUCUUGUUUUUCCCAUCUACUUUGUAAAAUACCCUUGAAAGUUAGUGUUAAGCCUCUCUGAAAAAGCUGUCAGUUGACUUGUUAGAAUGAUUUGGAUUUGUGUAGAAUAAAGUACCAUUGUGCCAUGAGACCCCCAUUUUGCUGUGUGCUACUUCCUGCUUAAAGUGUCUGGAGGAUACUUACCUACCCAAGCGCAAUCUCUGUGGUAAGCUCUUAGUGGAAUGUAUUAGAUUUUGAUUUUCUAUAAUGCAAUACUUUUAUAAGGAAUGCAUUAAUUUUUAUAAUAAGAGAAUAAAGAUUUUGGAAGUGCUUGAACAUUCA